AUGAAGGGCCGCAGCACGCGGUGGAGGGUUUGGAUCAUUCGCUGCUGCUGCUCGUUGCUGCCGAAGCGCGAGAAGUCAAACAAACUCUCAAAGUGCAGCGUGUUGUCGAACAACUGCA